AUGUCACGUCCAUACUCUCUCCUCUUCACCAGUGUCCACACAAGAGAGGACAUCCUGUGCAAGCCCGAGCGCAGCAGACCAAAACCCACAGCACCGAUUUUGGGACGAUUCAGUGGAGAAAUGUCCUUGCUCUCCUCCUGCCUCAAGGUAUACGGUAAAGGGAUAGUGAAGGAGAAGGCUGGUGAAAUUGAGUUCACGGUGGGGCGGAACGUCGGCACGGCGAUCCGGGCCUGCUGA